AUGGUAUGCUCCGCACUGGCAAUGUACAACGCCCUCCUGCUUCUCACCCUCAUCUUCGCGAUAUUUGAACGGCGCAGAGGCCUCUACUUCUGGAGCCUUUCCCUCGCGUCCUUUGGAAUCAUUCCAUACUGUGUUGGCUGGCUUAUUGAUUUCUUUAACCUUACACCGGACUGGGCUGGUAUGAUUCUCGCUCAAAUCGGAUGGACCCUUUUGGUAUCAGGCCAGUCUAUGGUACUCUAUUCACGAUUACACCUGGUUCUCCGCGUGCUACUGUGGAUGAUAAUCGUUAACGGCAUUAUUUGGCACACUUCUAUUACGGUGCUUGUAUUCGGAUCCAAUUACAGCCCCGUGCAAAACCAAGAUGGGUUCAAUGCCGUUUUCAACGUACUAGAAAAAGUCCAAAUGACCUGUUUCUGUGUCCAGGAGUUCAUACUCUCCGGGUUUUACAUCUGGAAGACGUGGGAACUUCUUGGGACGACGUUUGGUUGCGAGCUACGGUUUAUUCGACAGCUUUUUGCUAUUAACGUCUUCAUUGUUGCUAUGGACAUUGCUCUACUCGCUAUCGAAUACAAGAGUCUGUUCCUCUGGAAGCAAGGGGUUAAAGCUGUCACCUACUCCAUCAAGCUCAAGCUGGAAUUCGCGAUUUUGGGUCAGCUUGUCGAAUUCGUGAAGCAUCGAGGCCGCACCGCUUCAGUUGCCUGGGGAGACAAUGUUGGUGCUUGCUGCGUUCGUGGAGCUGUCUAG